AUGGGGGAACUGGAGAGGCGCCUGGCGCGGAUCGAGGAGGGAGCUGCUACGGCCUCCUCCCUGGCCGGCGCUGGAGCGAAACGGGCUCCGUCGACGAACGGACCGGAGUGGGCGACCGUGGUUGGCCGCAAGGAGAAAAGGAGGGCUGCAGCGGGGGGGGCGCCGGCGAAGAAGCCGGCUCCCGCCUCUGUAGCCUCGAAGAGCGGCCGGGGUUGUCCCCUUCCCCGGCCGGGAGCUGCUGGUGCUGGUGCCUCGGCGGGGGUGGGCGAGGCAUUGCCGCGCCCCCUCUCCGGGGUCGCAGCCCAGCGGAAAGAAAAAGAAGGGUCCAAAGGGGGUAAAUCCGGGAGGGGGGCCGCCGCCGUCUCGAGCGGCGUCCGCUGCCCCGGGUGCGGUGGGGAGGCGGGUCCCGAGGUCCUCCGUGGUGGCAAUCCGGGUGGAGCCGGGGUGUGCCUCCUACACCGACAUCAUCAAGAGGUCCAGGGCGGCAAUCAACCUGAGGGAAAUUCUCCCUCAGCCCGACCUGGGCCUCAAAUUUAA